CUACACUCUCUCUCUCUCUCUCUCUCUAUGUGUGUGUGUGUGUGGAAAUACACACAGAUAGGUACACCCACGUAUACAUAUAAUCAAAAAUCAAUGGCAUUUAGGGGUGGUCGAUUUCGAGAGCUACUGAAGAAGUACGGAAAGGUGGCGUUGGGAGUACACUUCUCAGUCUCAGCAGCUUCUACGGCAGGUCUCUAUGUGGCCAUCAAGAACAACGUCGAUGUCGAGUCCAUGCUCGAAAAGAUCGGCAUGCAACGCCUCUCUAAAACCCUUUCCAAAGAAGAACAAGAAGAGCAAAGAACUCCUAAUCUGCCCCAAACGAACACUGGACCGACCGAUGGGUCCAUUCGUGAAGAACCAGUGCAUAAUCGAGACUCUACGUCUGGGAUAAUGAAGAAGAAGAAUCGAACGGCUGAGAUGGCUACUUCGAGCGGUGGAGCUCUAGCUAUGGCGAUGUUGUUGAAUAAGGCUCUGUUUCCGGUGAGGGUUCCGAUUACAAUCGCACUUACCCCUCCGGUCGCGAGGUUCUUGUCGAGGCGAGGCAUAAUGAAGAACGGUGUAUGAUUCCUCUUAAUUAUCAUCUCUAGUUCUCUCUGCUUUUAACAGAAUUUAUUGAACUCGUGAUGUAAAUUGAAGAAAUACAUAAAGGGUUUUGGAGUUUUUGA